AUGAACCAGAUUGUGCCAUCCAUUUUCACAAUCCUUUCUGUGGAGUUAUCAUGCUUUCCUAGAAAUGCACUUUCAGCACCUUUCAAGGCAUAUGAAGAGCUCCGGAAGAGUCCUCCAGCUCCAGAGGCCAAUGCUGGGACAGCUCAGCCAACUCCAGAAUCACUUCUGGAGUUUAUGGUCAGAAGUAUCCCACACAAGACUGGACUCUCUCGACCGCAUGUUCUCUUGAAAAGAUCCAUCAACUGGAACAAUGUGAUUCCAAACCGGCCCGCCUUUGCAAAGAUUGUUGUCGAAGGUUCUAUAGGCUUUGGUUUUGCCUUUGUGAUCGCAAUUGCUUUGUGGUGUCUCCUUUCUGAAUUGGUAGGUCGACUGAAGGGGGUCAACUCUCGUGGCAAGCGCUUGCUGCAACAAAAUUUCAUUUUUAGGCAAGUCCAGGAGGAAAAAGAGGCAGGCAGGAAAAAACUAAUGGAAGAAAAGGAAUAUGAAGGCUCAACUAAGACAGGUAAGACUCAAGAUCAAGUGCAAGCCCUAAAAUUAGGGAGCGAAACAAGAAAAAAGAAAAUAAUGGAAGAGGAGGAGGAGGAAGGAGGAUAUUCUGUCCCAGAAGGAAAAGCAAAGAAAAAGAAGCAAGGGAAAAAGCAUGCAAUAAAGAAGAAACUAGGUAAAAUUAAGAAGAUUGCAAAAUCAGAAGCUGUGCAAAAGCACGUUGGAAAAAUUAAGAAGGCUGCAAAAUCGAAAGCCGUUCAGAAGCAUAUUGGUAAGAUCAAGAAGGCCGCAAAAUCGAAGGCUGUUCAGAAGCAUGUUAGUAAGAUUAAGAAGGCAGCGAACUCCAAGACUGUUCAGAAGCACAUUGGUAAGAUUAAGAAGGCCGCAAAAUCGAAGGCUGUUCAGAAGCAUGUUAGAAAGAUUAAGAAGGCAGCGAACUCCAAGACUGUUCAGAAGCACAUUGGGAAGAUUAAGAAGGCCGCAAAGUCCAAGAAUGUUCAGAAACACGUUGGGAAGGUGAAGAAGGCAUUGGCAUCAAAGGCAAAGAAUAAGAAGGAGGGGAAAAGUAAGAAUGAGAAGAGCUCUAAAAAGAAGGAUGGUGAGACGAAAAGUAAAAAAAGCUCACACAAAAAAGUGAAACAUAGAAAAAGUGAAGAGGAUUCUGAAGACUGA